CCCGACAGGCACCCUGGGACAGCCGCAGCUCCAGACCGUAGGUUCCCACGGUGGGGCUGUGUCGCCCGCCGGGGCCCCUAGGCGCGGAGAGCCCAAUUUGUCGGAAGAGAGCGCGCACUUGGGUUUGGCUCCUGGGCGACCUGGGUUUCGCCGUGGCGGGGUGUGGGUGUGCAGGCGGAUAAAGGCGUUUAUCUUUCCUUGGAGACGCUCCCGGAGUCCUCGGAACGGGGCUGGGUGCCACCCCUCGCGCCUCUGCCUCUGCUCUCCAGGGCUGGUGCUGCGCGCGCCGGCCAGAGCUGUGGGAAGGGUCCUCGGUUCUGAGCCUGGGCAAGGAGAGGGGUGGUAGAAAGGCAUGGGGUGAAUGCUGAGGGGCUCACUGGCCAAUGGCCGGUGGCUGGAAUGGCGCGCGGACUUCCGGGAAGGUAUACUCCUGUGGGCAUCCCUAAAAGCUGAAGUUCAAACUUGAUCAACGUGGGAGGCUUGAACGAAACCGGAUAGUCCGGAAGGUGUGGAUGGGCGACAUGGGGGGGGGGGCUUCCUGUGCUUUGACGGAGAGUUUUUUGGGUGCACUAGCCCUGCAGGUGGCCAUGACCUCGCAGAUCAGUUGGGGGUUGAUGGCCUUAUCUGGGACCUAGAGAGGAGAUCUUUCCAGCUCCGUUUCCUGAAGGCUUAGCAUCAGCUCCACCCUUCUCAGUGGAUGAAGCCAAAAGGGAUGCCUGGUGAAGAGCAUUUUAUUCACAGCCGCUGGAGUGACCUUCAUUUUUUCGGAUCCCAUCUACAAUGUAGUUUCUGAUGCCUCGGGACAGGGUGUGGCCAUCACAGGGAACCAGACUUUCAACAACUGGAACUGGCCCAAUGCAAUGAUUUUUGCUGCCACGGUCAUCACUACCAUUGGUUAUGGCAACGUGGCCCCUAAGACCCCUGCCGGGCGCCUCUUCUGUGUCUUCUACGGUCUCUUCGGGGUGCCCCUCUGCCUGACAUGGAUCAGUGCCCUGGGCAAGUUCUUCGGAGGACGUGCCAAGAGGCUGGGCCAAUUCCUCACCAGGAGAGGUGUGAGCCUGAGGAAGGCACAAAUCACAUGCACAGCCAUCUUCAUCGUGUGGGGUGUCCUGGUCCACCUGGUGAUCCCGCCCUUCGUGUUCAUGGUGACCGAGGAGUGGGACUAUAUCGAGGGCUUCUACUAUUCCUUCAUCACCAUCUCCACCAUCGGCUUCGGCGACUUCGUGGCCGGUGUGAACCCCAGCGCCAACUACCACGCCCUCUACCGCUACUUUGUGGAGCUCUGGAUCUACCUGGGGCUGGCCUGGCUGUCCCUGUUCGUCAACUGGAAGGUGAGCAUGUUUGUGGAAGUCCACAAAGCCAUUAAGAAGCGGCGGCGGCGGCGGAAGGAGUCCUUCGAUAGCUCUCCACGUUCCAGAAAAGCUCUGCAGGUAGCCAGCAGCAGCGCAUCCAAGGACAUCAACAUCUUCAGCUUCUUGUCCAAAAAGGAGGAGACUUACAACGACCUCAUCAAGCAGAUUGGAAAGAAAGCCAUGAAGGCGAGUGGGCCUGGUGACAGGGUCCCAGGCCAAGGGCCUCAAGCCGAUGGGCUGCCAGCCCUGCCCGCGUCCCUGGCGCCACUAGUAGUCUACUCUAAGAACCGGGUGCCCAGCUUGGAGGAGGUAUCCCAGACUCUACGUAGCAAAGGCCACGUGUCCAAGACCCCUGGCGAGGAGUCCGGGGAGAGGCCCGAGGAGGAUGGCUCCGAGGCUCUCACGAACCAACUAGACCGCAUCAGCGAAGAGGGCGAGCCGUGGGACGCCAAGGACUACCACCCACUCAUCUUCCAGACCGCCAACAUUGACUUUGUCCACGAGGAAGUUGGCCUCUCGGACGAGGAGACCUCCAAGUCCUCGCUAGAGGAUAACCUGGCAGUGGAGGAACAGCCCCCAGAGGGCACUGAGGCCGAGGCACCCCUGGCCAUGGCCGAGUUCCCCUCAUCGGACGAGUCUACCUUCACCAGCACCGAGUCUGAGCUCUCUGUGCCUUAUGAGCAGCUGCUCAAUGAGUACAAUAAGGCCAACGGCCCCAAAGGCACGUGAGGCGGGGCCGGCUCCCCACCCCACCCUUGAAGGUUCCUUCGCCCCUCACCCUGGGGUGUCCAAUGUGAUGGCUCGGACCCCCCCCCAGAACCCUGGUGGGGAGUGGGGGCAGAUCUGGGACUGUGAGUGGGGGGCCAGAGGCCUUUCUUACUUUCCAGCUCCUCCAGUUCAAUGCUGCUGGCCAGGCAUGGUGCAUGCCCACCCAAGGCAGGUGCCCCAAUAGUGAGGAAGUAGCUAUACCAUGCGAUGGUUGGGAUUGACCCGAGGAGGCCCAUAUCUCUUUGUGUGGUUGGGUGUCACACGGUUUUGAGUUCACCAGUUUUAGGGAGAUAACCCAUGUGUAUCUGGCACCAGGCUAGACAUUUCAUAGAGCUAGGGAGGGCACAGGCGAUUGUACAAGUGGGGGGUACAGUUCUGCCCUGGGUUCUGUCUCACCCCUCACGCCGACUGUCUGCACCAGUGGCUGCUGGGGUGAGGGAGGAGUGAGAAGAUGGUGAGCAGGUGCUAAGAUGGUCCUGCUGCAGAGGGCCUGAGCCGAGUCUAGUGCAGGGGUGGAGGGCCAGGGUCUGGUCCUGCUUACUGAGUUACUCAGACCCUGUUUCCUGUUCUCACCUCCCUCUGGCCUAGCAAUGUAAUGACUGUCUGCCUCUGCCCUAGGAGUGGUGGGAGGAAGGGGUGGCAGAGGGCCUGGGCAGUGCCAGAAGGUCUGGCAGGUGGGGAGGGGUCUCUAAUGAGGCUUGGCUGUAGCUACUUCUGUCCCCUCCUCAGCCCAUCAGGGAAACACACAGUAUGCCCUGGCCUAAGAACAUACGGCAACCUCCGCCCCAACUUCCUGGGGUCUGCAGGACCUCCCAGCACCCCUCCUUCUCGUCUCACCUGCCCUGCCAGCCAGAGAAGGCAAAGCCAAAUCGCUUUUGGCUCACACGUGGGGAAAUGGCCCGAUAUGUGAAUCAAACUCCUCUCCAGCUGCUGAUGGUCCCCCACAUGUGUAUGUGUGGCACCACAGGAAUGGAAUCGGCAAGGAGCAGUUGAUAAUGUGAAGCUGCACUGGACCCUGUUUCUGCUGACGGGUAGGCAGAGCUCCCCGAGGCUGGUUCCCCGGGGCCCAGCCCACUCUGAGUGAGCACUGCUGGUUUUCUGUCCUUGACGUAUGUCGUUGGUCUCAGAGCCAGGGGUUAGAGAGUAGCAUCCUGUGUGCACACCCUCCCUGCCCCCAAAACAUACACGCUGAGAUGGGCCCUUCUUGGUGACCUCAGUCAAGUCUCCAUGCAGAGGCUGGGCAGGGGCACAUGUUGGCAGGUCAGCAUAGGCAGGGAAGGGCAGCCCAGUGACUGGAUGGCAGGUCAGGACACAUGUGGCCAGGACAGCACCUCUUCCCCCAUGUAAGACGGUGCUGGCACCAUCGGUUUCGGCAGGGUGGCAGGAUGGACGGGCCUUUCUGUGAAUCGGUUCCCACAAGCACGUUUGCUGCUGGCUGUCCUUGCAGCACACGCUGUGUGUGGAUGGCGAUGUGUCGAGUGUAAUUUAUUUUAACAUUUUUACAAUAAAAUGUGAUACGGACAGA